AUGAGUUCUUCUUCUGUUCGAGUCCAACACCCACCAACCGGAACUCCUAAAGGGGUCGUCGCUUCUCCCGCUAGUUCAAGUCCUACCUCAAUGAACUUCGACAUUGUCCGCUGUUCGAGAUGCCAGCGCUCCAUGAGCCUUGAGAACGAGUCAUCCCCCGGUGUGGUUCGUUUCGGCAUGAACUCCUACUACUGCAGCCGGUGUGCGUCCAUGGUCGGCUUCAUUCGUUGA